UUACAUUAUUACAUCAACACAAAACAUGGAUCCUUGUUAUAGCCCUAUAUAAACUCUGGACUCUCAGCAAGUAGACAUCAUUCGCUUCGAGUCUUCAAAUCAAGCAACUUAAAAAUGGCAUUCAAGUUUAUUGCACUUUUCGCCCUUGUGGCAGCUACCAGUGCUGGCUAUGCACCACUUGCAUACUCAGUUCAUCAUGGUCAACCAUUGGUCUAUGCAUCUGCUCCAGUUGUCACCAAAAUUGUUGAAGAACCAUACAAUGCUAAUCCUCAAUACAGUUACAACUAUGGUGUAAGUGAUGCUCUUACUGGUGACAACAAAAGUCAACAAGAAACUCGUGAUGGUGACAAAGUCACAGGUAGCUACUCUCUUGUUGAUAGUGAUGGAACAAAAAGAACUGUUGACUAUACUGCUGAUGAUGUCAAUGGAUUCAAUGCUGUUGUACGUAAAGAACCAGCUGCUGUUGUUGUAAAAUCUGCUCCAGUUGUUCAUGCUGCACCAGUCGUUCAUGCUGCUCCAGUUGCACAUGUAUAUGCUGCUGCUCCAGCUGCACAUGUUUAUGCUGCUGCUCCAGUUGCUCAUCAAUACGUUCAAACUGUUCACCAUUACUAAAUGAAAUAAUAAAUAUCUUUUUUUUU